ACGUUGUUUUGGUAUUUUUUUGUGUCGUAUUCGUAUUCAGAUUUUAUAAGUAUUUCUGACUGUAGUGUGUAUUAUGUGCAGCAAUUAAAGAAUAAUCACAAAUAUGGAGAAAACACUAAUCUCUUUGAGCAAAGAAGAUAUAUAUUUUUCAUACAAACAUAAAUGCCUCGUUUGCAGCAAAGAAUUUUCUCAAAAAAGCAGCUUAAUAUCACAUUUCAAGCUACAUACAAAAUCUGAUAUGUAUCAAUGUGAUUACUGCCUUACAUCCUACACGAGAAAGUCUACUUUAGAACAACAUAUAAGGAAACAUACUAAAUUAAAGAUCUUCCAAUGUGAAUUAUGUGAUAAAUAUUAUACAAUUGAAGCAAAACUACGGAAUCAUGUUAGAAGUCAUGAGAAUGUAAAAGCGUUUGCUUGCCAUAUAUGUAAUAAAAGUUAUACACAUAAACAUACUCUGGCAUCUCAUUUACUUUCACAUAAAGGCCUAAUACACACUUGUGAAUACUGUGGCAAAGUGUACAAGAAUAAAGCAAAUGUAAAAAGACAUUUGUUGACGCAUGAAGGUUCAAAAUCAUUUGAAUGCAAUGUUUGUUUAAAAAAAUUCUCUCAAAAGAUACAUUUAUUGAAGCAUUUAGUUGUCCAUAGUGGGGAGAAGAUAUUCCUAUGCCCUGUUUGUGGUAAAAGUUUUAGCAGGAAGGACAGUUUGAUGAAACAUGGUAAAAUGCAUACUAUACAACAUAAGGACAAUAAUAUAGAAAUGCUAGAUGCUGAUAGAGAUAAUAUACAAAGGAUUUACAAACAUUAUAAUAAGAAAAAUGACAAUAUAACAGUAGAUAAUUAUGAAAUUGAUGACAAUCAAGAUUGUGGAUUUCAAAAUAGCAUAGUAAGUAAUAUCAUAGAUGAUAAAGAUUUUAAAAAUACAAGUUUCACUUCCACUUAUGCUGACAGCACAAAUGACAUUCUAAACAUGAAUUCAAAAUUAGAAGACACAAAACACAAAUGCCGAAUAUGUAAUAAGAGUUACAAGCACAAGAAAUCACUGAAACUACAUACUAAAUUGCACACAUUAGAUGCAAUAGUAUGUGAGGUAUGUUCAAAAGUUUUCGCUGUGUUUAGCAAGUAUGAAGCGCACAAGCUGUCUCAUAUGGGCGUGAAGCUGUUUGGAUGUGAGUUGUGUGAGAGGAGGUUCACAGCGAGGCACUCGUUGGAGGCGCACUACAGGGCUCAUAAUGGCGACAAGCCGGUGCAGUGUGCGGAAUGUGGGAUGAGGUUCACAAAGCAAAGCUCCCUAUCUCGGCAUUCGCGUACACACCGACCGCACAGGCCGACGCGCGCACACCGACCACCCCGCGAGCGCGAGCUGCUGUGCGCCGCGUGCGGCCGCCGGUUCCGUAGAAAGGACGUGCUCGGUGUUCAUAUGAGGACUUGUUUUAAGUGAGAUUGUUUGUGUACUACCUAGUAUGAAAUUGAAAUAAAGAGAAUGAAAGAGGAAAGUCUUGAUUUUUAUUUACAUCAUGAAUGCAGCAAAUAAUAUAGUUACAAGUGGGAAGUUUUUCUAGUCAUUUGUUGCCAUGCUCACGUGAUCACCGCCAUACUGAAAUACUGAGCACAUUUGCUGCACAUUUGAGGAAUGUGUUUGUUAGAAACCAAUAUAAUCACUACACGCUGAGCGACAGAGGAAAAGAAAUGAAGUGGUUUUAUUAGUUCUUAGGCGCAGGAGGCCUACCGCGGAAACCGAAAUUCGCAAAUUGCGGGGA